AUAUUCUAGAUCCUCACAUUUCUAAAAGGCCCGUAACUUCUUGUUAAAAACAGCUAAACAAAAAAACGUGCGCCCAUGGAAGUUAUGUUCAUACUGACUGUAUGCCGUUUUCUAUCUUCUUUCUUUCUUUCUUUCUCUCUCUCCUCUGCCUUUCAUCCACGUCAGGCUCUAGGGGUAGAAGAUGAGGGAAGUGAAGGAGUCUCUGACGAAGAAGGCGAGUCCGACUCGAAGACGAAUCGAAUCGCCUCCGGUUUAAAGAUGAUUCGCUUUAAAGCCGGCGUGGUUGGGUCAGAGUUCCCGUCGACGUCAAUCAUCUCUACAUCACCUUGAUCAUCCGUCGUUGUAUGAUUCUCUAAAAUUCUGCGUGUUAUUG